AUGAAUGCUUUUAGUAAUGUAAUAGUAAAUACACUAGGAACAGCAAGCAAACUAAUUACAGAUCUAAUUGAUCUAAUUGAUCGUGAAAACCCUAAUAAAGAAAUAAUUCUUGGAGUAUUAGAUCGCAUUUCUAUAACUGAAUCCAUAAUAAAACACUUAGAAUCUAACGAAGAAAUAGCUCAAAUAUAUAAUAAAGAUUUAAAAAAAUUGAUUAAUAUUUUGGAUAAAAUCAGAAAUUUUAUUAGGACUAUAUCACAAAAGAAAAACGUACCAAAAGCUACUGAAAUUAGCGAGCAUUUGAGUAAACUAACCAAGGAAUACGACGAUUGUAUUAUGGCAUUAAAUUUUUCUAUAACUAUUGAUAAUAGAAAAUAUAUGAAAGAAAUAGCGCAAAGCAUUCAUGAAAUAGAAGAAGUUAGAAAAUCAAACCUUAUUAACAAAGAUCUAAGUGAAGACAAUUUUUCAAACCAACUAAAUGAUCCUCUAAAACCAAUUACUAGCCUUUCCAAACAAUCUGAACAGAUAGAUGAGAUUUUGACCGAAAAUGAACAAUCAAUAACUGAUCAAGAAUCUAAAUUUCCUUUUGUUAGUAAAGAAGAAAAAAUCCAGCUGGAAAAGCAAAUAGUUGAACUAAAGAAUCAAAUAGUUAAUCUACAAACCCUUUUAAAUAGGAAAGAAGAAGAAUUGGUCAAUUUAAGAAAAAAAAAUCAUGUAUUGGUAGAACAGUGUCUUUACUACUUAACACUUAUUAAGUCUUUUCGAGAAAAGCAAAAGAUUAUAAACAAAUUAAGAGAGGAAGCAACUAAGAAAAUCCCAUCCAACGAAGAAAUAGAUAAUCUACUUUAUUUAGGAGGUGAAUUUAAACAAUUAGAGAUUGAAUUAGAAAAAAUAAUUAAUGAAUUACCAUUAAUUAGAAACAAGCUUUUAAAAAAGAGAUAUUUUAAUAUUAAUCAACUACAAGUAAACGAAACAACAAUAGUCAAUUCAGACAAAGUAAUAGCAGAACUUAAAGGGCAUGAUUUUUUUGAAGAUGAUGAUCUUUCUUAUUUAAAUGAAGAAUUGCAAACAAUAAUUGAUAAUUCUAAUAAAAACGCAGUUAAGAAUGCUUUGCUUAUUAUAAGAGCGAGAAAUAAUCAUUCAAAUUUAUCUAAUUCUCAUAGAACUGUUUUAAAGUUACAAGAAUGUUAUGAAAAUUAUAAAAGCUCUAUUGAUACUGGACCAUUUUCCAUCUUUACUGGAGCAAAAGACAUAGUAACUUCUAUAGGUGACGCAGUUCCAGUUGCUGGUAGUGGAAUUAAGGCAGUAGGAGGAGUAGGGGGCGGUGUAGUUAAUCUUUUUAAGAAUAAUAGCCUGAAAACAUGUAGAGAUAAUUUUCAAAAAUAUUUAUCAAAUGAUGAAAAAAAGUUAUUUUGGCUUAGAGACUUUUACCAAUCUUUGACUGAUGUUUUAUAUAAUGAAGAACUACCACUAAGUUCAACUGUUAUUAAUAUUUUAAAACUGGAAAAGUACAAAAAAGAAAGUUCAUUUAAUGAUAAAUAUAAUAUUCGUAGAAUCGUUUCAGAAAUUACUUUUCAAAAUGAAAAUACACUUGAAUUAAGAGAAAUGAAGCAAACGCUUAUUUCACUUAACUCUAAUUUAGCGAAACUAAAGGCAGAGUUAGAAGAAGAAAGAAAUAAAAUUUAUGAGCUAAUUCAAACUCUGACCACAUAA